CCAUUGAGAUCUGAGUUUUACACGUAAAAGACUUGCAUUGUAAGAAACUGCAGAAUAGUACUUAUAAAUCUAUACAGUAUAAUUUCGAGAAAAAUAAAAUUUAAAUUUAAAUAUAAUUAAAAAGAAAUAGGACGCACAUUUUAGUUAAAAUAUUGCGUGAUUUAAAAACUCGAGAUGAAAAACAUGACUUAGAAAUUACAACGGACACACUUCGACUAAUUUGGGCAGUUGGAGAGUACGACUUGGUCACGGGAAAUUUAUUCUACCACAAAAACAAGGGAAGUAUUUCGGUAAAUUUCCUAGAUACCGAUGUCGAAACACCGACUGCAGAGGAACUGGAAAAAAAGUAUCAAGUCUGGAAAACAGAACAAACUGUCCAAGUCCCCAGAAAUGAGACUUUUUAUGUGUUCCUUCUUUCAAGGGCCGAAAACAAGGUGGAAAAAUCAUAUCGUUGGGUUCGGGAUGCAUAUUGACCAUGCAGAAAAUAAAGGACACGUGUUCGAUGCGGGCUUGUAUCGAUGUACGGCGCCAGAUGGGGUAAACCCAGACGAGUUUUUCGCUCCAUUUCUGGGUAACGGGUACGACUGCAAUUAUUCUCCUGUUCCUUUCCCAUCUGAGAAUUGUGGAACGUUCGAGUUCCAAUGGACGAUUGGUGGGAAGAUCACACUUUUCCCGGACAAUCUGGGCCUUCCCCUUGGUCGAGAUGAUGGCACCGUGGAAUAUUUUAUGACCGAAGUACAUUACGAAAAUCCAGACAGGAGAAGUGAUCUCAAAAUUCGGGCUGGAUUUAAUGUCUAUUACACUCCUUCCCUUAGACCAACGGAAAUUGGACAAAUUCAACUCGCUUUCAUGACAAAUAAAACCUUCUCCUUGACAAUUCCUCCAAAUUCGGAAGACUUCCUGGUUAGUUCCCAUUGUCCUAUGGAAUGUACCUAAAAUCUUCCCGAGGAUGGAAUUAACGUUUUCAAUUACCUUCUCCAUUCUCAUUUGACAUGUAAUUUACCCACGAAUACAAAUUAUGAAGCAAUUCAUAUGCACAAUUAAUUAUUGAUUUAACCCCUUAACUCGUAUUUAGCUAAGACAAUCAUGCACUCUCAAUAAUUUAGACGCAAAAUUAUUACCAAUUUUAUUACCCUGACACGGUAACAUCAACUGUAUGUCAUUAGGUAAUAAAUUUGUUACCAAAAUUGUCAACAUUGAAAGUAACAAAUAUUGUAUCAUCUCAGGAAAUAAUUUAUAUCCUUGGUGGAAAUAAUUUUAUCUCCAAAAUUAUUGCCUGUGAGUGACAAUUUGUCUCCUUAAAGCCAACCGCAAGGCUUAGUGGCGGGUUGGCUUUUCUCGCAAACGUUUUUUCCUCUCGUCUGGCAGAAUGGCGAAAAUUGUUCGAGUUUCGCAUCCUACCAGAGGAAAAAAAUUAGUACUUGGCGAUUCGGAUUAUGAAUUAUUCUCAAUUUCAGUGAAACAAAAGUUUUUGCUAGAUCCGGAUGCGAAAAUUUCAUUCGAAGAUGAAUACGGCGCAGAAGUGGAUGAAGACAUUUUCCAAUUUUACUGCAGCAACAUUCAAUCCCCAACGUUACUGUGAAAAUCUUUGGAGAAGAUGUUAUUUAUGUUGACGUUUCAUCUCCUAUGGCCACAGCUGGAAUAAAUUCAUCCCCAGCUUCAAGUUAAAAAUACCAAAACAAUGAGGACAUCGAAAUAACUAAUUUUAAGCAGGCGAGACCUCAUUGUUAUUCAUUCAUUUAUUUUUAUUC